AGAGCAGUCUGGGAGAGGCCGACUUGCAGCCCAGCUCUGACCCUUCGGGAAUGGACAGCAGCUACCUCAGCGUGAAGGAGGCCGGGGUGAAAGUGCCCCAGGACAGGGCCAGCACGGACCUCCCCAGUCCCAUGGACAAGGCCGACUCAGAGAGCAACAAGGGCAAAAAGCGGAGGAACCGCACCACCUUCACUAGUUACCAGCUGGAGGAGCUGGAGAAGGUCUUCCAGAAGACCCACUACCCAGACGUCUAUGCCAGGGAGCAGCUAGCCAUGAGGACAGACCUCACCGAGGCUCGUGUACAGGUGUGGUUUCAGAACCGGCGAGCGAAAUGGCGCAAGCGGGAGCGGUUUGGCCAGAUGCAGCAGGUCCGGACCCAUUUCUCCACCGCCUACGAGCUGCCCCUGCUCACCCGUGCUGAGAACUACGCCCAGUUCCUCGGUGUCUCCGGCCCCGGCAGCCACGUGGGACAGACUCACAUGGGCGGUCUCUUCGGCACGGCCGGGAUGAGCCCCAGCCUCAAUGGCUACGAGCUGAACAGCGAGCCGGACCGCAAGACCUCCAGCAUCGCUGCCCUGAGGAUGAAAGCAAAGGAGCACAGUGCCGCUAUCUCCUGGGCGACAUGA